AUGGGUGAUGUGACAGAGCUGCUGGCCUUGCUCAGUGUGCCUUCAUCCUUGGGGAGGGGGCAACGAGCCACGUGGGACACCCAGCCGUGGAGGCAGCUGAUCCAGUGGGAGAACAACGGGCGGGUGUACAGCCUGCUCAACAGCGGCGCCGAGUACGUGCCGCCGGGCCCCGAGCGGCCGGGGGGGGCCCGCCUGGUGUUGGGCCGCGCCGGGGUUCGGCGGCAAGCGGCCCCGGUCCGCAGCGCCUCGGAGACGGUGCGAGGCCACACGCGGCACCCGUUCGGCUUCGGGCAGGUGCCCGACAACUGGCGGGACGGGCCGCUGGGUGACGGCGGCGGGGCCGGGACGGCGCAGCGGGUGAGGGCAGCGGGCCGCCCGCGGCAGCCUUCCUCCUCCUCCUCCUCUUCCUCCUCCUCCUCGUCGGCCUCGUCCUUCGCCUACGCGGCCGUGGGGCAGGCGGCCUACCCGCAGCCGCCCUUCGAGCAGCACGAGGCGGCCCCGCGGGCCUACGACGAAGCCUACACGUACUACCGGGGCGGCGGCGCCGGGGGGGUGGCGGUGGCGGCGGCGGGGGCCGGCGUGGUGUACCCCUUCCAGCCCCGCGCCCGCUACGAGGACUACGGGGAGGAGCAGAGCCCCUACAGAGCGCAGGGCUUCUACCCCGAGCGGCCCUACGUCGCCCCGCAGGACGGCCUGGACCGCCGCUACUCGCACAGCCUCUACCACGACGCCGGGGCGCUCCCCGAGCACGGCGCGCCGGACUCGUACGGCGUCAACCAACGCGGCGCGGUCGUCACCAACGAUAACCUCCAAGCGCCCGUCGGGUCCCAGCCGGUGAGCGGGACGGCCUACGGGAACCACUACCAACCCUACGAGGCGCAGCCGCCGUUCCGGGCGUUGGAACCCUACGGGGCCGUGCGUCCCGACGUCUUCGUGCCCGCCAGGAGCCCCGAGGUGGCCCAGGUCGUCCCCGACAACCAGGCACGGCUCAGCGUGGGCAGCGUCUACAGGCCCAGCCACGGGGGACGGGGUCUCCCUGAUCUGGUGCCUGACCCCAAUUAUGUGCAGGCAUCCACCUAUGUGCAACGAGCUCACCUGUAUUCACUGCGCUGCGCCGCCGAGGAGAAGUGCCUGGCCAGCACCGCCUACACCCCCGAAGCCACGGACUAUGACGUGCGGGUGCUCCUGCGGUUCCCGCAGCGCGUGAAGAACCAGGGCACAGCCGACUUCCUGCCCAGCCGCCCCCGGCACAGCUGGGAGUGGCACAGCUGCCACCAGCACUACCACAGCAUGGAUGAGUUCAGCCACUAUGACCUGCUGGAUGCCACCACGGGCAGGAAGGUGGCUGAGGGCCACAAGGCCAGCUUCUGCCUGGAGGACACCACCUGUGAUUUCGGCAACCUGAAGCGCUACGCCUGCACCUCCCACACCCAGGGUUUGAGCCCCGGGUGCUACGACACCUACAACGCUGACAUCGACUGCCAGUGGAUCGAUAUCACGGAUGUGCAGCCAGGGAAUUAUGUCCUAAAGGUCCAAGUGAACCCCAAAUACAUCGUCCUGGAGUCGGACUUCACCAACAACGUGGUGCGGUGCAACAUCCACUACACAGGCCGCUACGUCGCCACGACAAACUGCAAGAUCUCCCAAUCUUGAGCUGAGCGCGAUUGGAGGGAUGGCACCAGCGAGCGCCCAGGCUCCUCCAGUGCCCCACCACGAGCCCCAAACCACCUCAAAACACCACCCCCGACUGCUUCACAUUAUCCAGAGAGAAGCAAGAGUGACUUUUUGAAAUAUUUUUAUACUUAACUUUCCUUUAA